UUAGUUCUAAUCCAAAUAUGCACAGUGGGACCAGUGGGUAGUGAUAUGGUUGUAUCUUGUAUUAAAAAUUUAAUUWAUAUUAAUCAUUAAUGUGAUCAAAAUAAUAAAGAUCUUAAUGAAGAUUAUUARAACAUAGUGUUUUCAGAUUUACGUUAUUUUAAAUUAUUUUUUUCGUGAUMGGWUUUUGAUUUUUGUUGGACGUGUGACAUCUUACUGCUUUUAGUAACUUUUUAGUGGUCUACAUUUGUGAUUUACAUGCAAUUAUGUCCGCUACUACUAGGAACAUCCGUCACCAAACGCUGGAACAACAAAAACAACUGUUGGAAAUGAAAAUGAGACAGGUCAGACAAAAUCCGCAGAUUAUUAAAUCAUCAGACAAYGUCAUGCCAAGUGCAAGAAUACGGCCAAAAUCUGCUAGGCCACUAGAGAUGAAUUGUUAUGAUGGUCCAUUAACAUAUGCAAUGAUGAAUUGUAGUCCAGACUCCAGUGAUGUAUUAGGUGUAUCAAGACAUUCUAUUAAUCAUGAUAUUAUUGAAGAUAUGAGAAAAGAAGUAGCUGAAAUGACAGUUGAGGAACAUAGAGCAUCUCUAGAUACUGAUUUAGAUAUGAGAAAAGAAGUAGCUGAAAUGACAGUUGAGGAACAUAGAGCAUCUCUAGAUACUGARGAUGAAGAAUCUUGUUCCAUUUCUCCAGUUAAAAAUUUAAGYUCAAUACAUAUAAAAGAGAAUAGUCCCUUUAUUUAUCCUUCUUCAACAAUUACUGAUACAAAUGAAUUGGAAGGCGAUGUAUAUGGAAAUUUAGAAACAUUUGUCCUGGAACCGGCUGCCCAAGGUGUUCAUUAUAAAUGUCGUAUAACAAGAGACAAAAAAGGCAUGGAUCGAGGAUUAUAUCCUACAUAUUAUUUACAUUUAGACAAAGGAAAUGGAUCAAAAAUUUUUUUAUUGGCUGCUCGUAAACGUAAAAAAAGUAGAACAUCAAAUUAUCUAAUAUCAACAGAUCCAACUGAUUUGUCUAGAGGAGGUGAAUCGUAUGUUGGAAAGCUAAGAUCAAAUUUAAUUGGUACUCAAUUCACUGUUUAUGAUAAUGGUACAUCACCAUAUAAGUCAUCUAUAGAAGGAGUUCAAGAACGACAAGAAUUAGCAGCUGUAGUAUAUGUAUUUAUUUUAUUGUAUUUGAUUAUUUUUUCAGUUGAUUACAUUGUCCUGCAAUUCGGCCGAAUUUCAGAUGAUCUCUUUACAAUGGAUUACAGAUAUCCAUUGUGUGCAAUGCAAGCAUUUGCUAUCACUCUUAGUAGUUUUGAUAGCAAAUUAGCUUGUGAGUAGCUAAAAUAUAUUUGAUUUCAACUGGAAAGUCCUUAAA